UUGAUUUGCAUAUUCAGGUCCUUUACAGUCACAUAACCCAUGUUUUUACAUUAAAACUCAUCGACUGAUGAGGCAAACUAGUGCCAUACACGCUUCGGCCGUAAAUACGUUCAUUUCACAAUAUAAGGUCGAAGUUAAAAGAUAGUUUAUUCUAUUAGAGGCUGAACCGAGAAGCAAAAAGAGAAGACCUACAGAGAAGCUAGUGGCUCGUAAAGCGCAUAAAGAAAUGUGCAGUAAAGCAACAUGGCAUUGAUGAAUUGCAACAUUUCCAAGAGAUCGAACAGUGAAAUGGAAAUGAAGAAUUUAUGUUUCAAUUGAUCAUUUUUCCAAUAUAUAUUCAAAUGACAAAACAUUGCAAAAUGAUAAGUUUUAAGUUAAUUUCAAUUUUCACUGUCCCUUCUUGAUUUGGACCUCGACGAUAGUCUGCGCGUGCCUGCGAAUUCGCCUGCCGUCUGUCACAGGUUUUACCCAAUUUCGAUAACGAAUGGAAGAUGGCUAGGCAAAGCAUGGGUAAUUUGACUACCUUAUAAAUAGGGUUUCUUCGAUCUUAUUUUGCUUUGAUUAUUCUCAUUCUUUUACAUUUGCUGAUGGCCGGCAUACCAUCAAAAUCGAUACUUGUGAUUGGUGGUACUAACAUCACGUGACGAGGGUCAUAUGCAUCGAAGCAAGUAGUGACGAACGCAGAAAAGUCAAAGGCGUUUCGAAGCGGAAGACUUUGUAGUAUACAGUCUAAGUGGACAGAUCUCGAAGUCAUGACUACCAAAGACUACGAAAGCUUUUUUGAUCCUUACAAUUAUAUGGAUACUUAUUUCAAAGAUCCAAUGAAAGAACCGUAUUCGCUCCGACACCUCAAAAAGUUCUGGAGCAAAAUAGGAGGAAGUAGUUUGAAGGUUCUAGAGUACGGUGGAGGGCCAACCAUUUCGAGGCUAGUCUCAGCAACUCCACAUGCGAGAGAAAUAAUUUUUGCCGAAUAUUUGAAGGCGAAUCGUCAGGCCGUUCAGGCAUGGAUUGAUAAGGAUCCCAUACCUUUCGAUUGGAGGCCUGCUUUUGACUUUAUCGUACGAGAGUUGGAAGGAAAAGGACCAGACGAGGUUGUGAAAAGGGAAGAUGAGUUACGACAAAAGAUACGAACCAUUGUUCCAUGUAAUCUAAAAGCAGAAAAUAUCCUGGAGAUUCCAGCCAGUCUUGGUGACAAGUACGGUCCACCUUAUGACGUCGUUGCCACGAGUCUUUGCUUAGAAGCGGUGGUAGAAAGCGAGCAAGAAUACAAGGAUACCGUGACUAAAUUAGCGAAGCUAGUCAAGCCUGGCGGAUAUCUAAUGAUGCAUGGUGUUCUCGAGCAAACCUUUUAUACAGUUUGCUCAAAGAAGUUCUACACUUUCUAUCUGACGAAGGAAAUGGUGGAAGAAAGUAUGACGAAUGCUGGAGUCAAAGACAUAGAGAUGGAUUUGGCUUCGUCUGACUUGUCUGUGAAUGCCAGUGAUUUGGAUGCUCUUCCUUUAGCAGAUUUGAAAGAUUUAUUUUUCGUUUAUGGUAAAAUGUGAAUGACCCUGGGAGUCAAGAUCAUCCGUAUCACGCGUGAUCUAAUUAUAAGAUAGACAUACAAUAUGUUGGCGUGACUGACCUGAUUGCGUGAUGCUGAGCUAAAAAAAAAAAGGUUAUGAGACUAGUUACGAGUUCAUAAUUACCACUGUGUCCCUUGAUUACCGACUCAUUUACUCAUAGUUAACCUCGUAUCAGUGUCUAAAUAUUUACAAAAACCAAUGGUAAAGAAUGCACAAUUCAACAACACAAACACUUUGAAAUUCCACGGACCUUCAAUGGAACACAUGAAUAUUCUGCACAAACUCGAGGCUAACCCUUAGCAACAGAGAACUCGUAAACUAGAGUAUAGAUCAUUAUAAUUCUAUUUCGUCAAGCCUGUUUUACAAGAGGAAGGAUUGAUAUAGCGAAGAUACAAGGAAUCAAGUUUUUAAUAUAUAAAUUGAUGGUAAACAAUUGCGUAUAAAAUGGUAUCCAAUCCAAUAAAAUGUUGUACUGAU